AUGUCGUUCAAGAAGGACGAAGAGGUCGGCGCGCCCACCUUCUACCAGGACAAGACCUCGGUCAUCCAGGAGGCGCGCGUCUUCAACGAGACUCCCAUUAGCCCGCGCAAAUGCCGCAUCCUCCUCACCAAGGUCGUCUACCUGCUCUACAUGGGCGAAACUUUCAGCCGACAGGAGGCCACCACCCUCUUCUUCGGCGCCACCAAGCUCUUCCAACACAAGGACCCUGCCCUCCGACAAAUGGUCUACCUCGCCAUCAAGGAGCUCAGCCCUUUUGCCGACGACAUCAUCAUGGUCACCGCCUCCAUCAUGAAGGACAUGCAGCCCAAUGUCGAGGUCAUCUACCGUCCUAACGCCAUCCGAGGCCUCAGCAGGGUUGUGGAUCCCUCGAUGGUCCAGGGCCUCGAGCGCUUCUUCAAGUCGGCCAUCGUUGACAAAAACACCUCGAUCAGCUCCGCCGCGCUCGUGUCGGCAUAUCAGCUACAGAUUGCGGCCCGCGACGUGGUUCGCCGAUGGGGCAACGAGGCCAACGAGGCCAUCAGCUCCAAAUCGUCUUCGGGCGGUGGCGGCUUCGCCAGCGGCUUUGGCGGCGCCGGCAGCUACCUCGGCUUCGCCGGAUAUGGUGGCUCGCAGCAGCAGUCGUCGGCGCCGAGCGGCUAUCAGGCCAUCGCGAGCAGCAGCUACAUCACCCAGUACCACGCCCUCGGCCUGCUGUACUUGAUCCGUCAGGGCGACCGCAUGGCCAUCACCAAGCUGGUUCAGCAACUCGGCGGUGGCAAGGGAGGCGCCUCGAGCGGCCAGGGCAGCGUGCUGCGCAGCCCCUACGCGCUCUGCAUGCUCGUCCGAUACGCAGCCCGCGUGGCCGAGGAGGACCCCAACCUGCGCCAGCCCAUGAUGGAGCUGCUCGAGGGAUACCUCCGCCACAAGAGCGACAUGGUCAACUACGAGGCCGCCCGAGUCAUCUGCGAAAUGCGCCACGUAUCGACUCAGGAGCUCUACCGGCCCAUCGCGGUGCUCCAGCUCUUCCUCUCGUCGCCCAAGUCGACGCUCAAGUUUGCCGCCAUCCGGACCUUGGCGAAGCUGGCCCAGACCCAACCGAUGGCCGUGCAGACGUGCAACGUCGACAUGGAGAACCUAAUCACGGACCCGAACCGCAGCAUCGCCACCUACGCCAUCACCACCCUGCUCAAGACGGGCAACGAGGCCUCGGUCGAUCGCCUGAUGAAGCAGAUCAGCGGCUUCAUGUCCGAGAUCAGCGACGAGUUCAAGGUGAUUGUGGUCGACGCCAUCCGCAGCCUCUGCCUCAAGUUCCCGUCAAAGCAGACCGUCAUGCUCGGCUUCCUCUCCGGCGUCCUCCGCGACGAGGGCGGAUACGAGUUCAAGCGUGCCGUCGUCGAGGCCAUCUUUGACAUGGUCAAGUUCAUCGGCGACUGCAAGGAGACCGCCCUGGCCCACCUCUGCGAGUUCAUCGAGGAUUGCGAGUUCACCAAGCUCAGCGUCCGGAUCCUGCACCUGCUCGGUGCCGAGGGCCCGAAGAUGCCGCAGCCCCACAAGUACAUCCGCUACAUCUACAACCGCGUCAUCCUCGAGAAUGCCAUUGUCCGCGCCGCCGCCGUCAGCAGCCUGGCCAAGUUCGGACUCGGCGACAAGGCGCUCAACGGCCGCAUCAAGGUCCUCCUCGAGCGCUGCUUGGACGACGUCGACGACGAGGUGCGCGACCGCGCCGCACUCUACCUCCGCAUCCUUCAGCAGAGCCGCCUGGCCGACAAGAUUGUCCAAGAGGACUCUGGCUUCAAGCUCUCCGCGCUCGAGGCGGCGCUCACCGGCUACGUUCAGGACCCGUCGUCAUCGACCAGCGUGUUUGACGCCUCCAAGGUGCCGAGGGUCACGCGCGAAGAGGCGCGGCAGGAGGCGCUGCGCGCCAAGAGCGAGGCCACCGCCAGCGUCGCCAUGGCCGCCGAUGGGUCCAAGAGCGUGCACGCCGGCAUGGGCGGCUCGAACAACGCAGCAGCGGGACCUUCGUCGACGAUGUCGUCGCUCGGCGGUGCGGGCGCGGCUGGUUCUGCCGAUGCGCAGUCGAUCUACGCCAAGCAGCUCGCCGCGGUUCCGCAGUUCGCCGAUUACGGGCCGGUCCUGCGCAGUUCGAGCCGUGCGGUCGAGCUCACCGAGUCCGAGACCGAGUACGUCGUCAGCGCCGUCAAGCACGUUUUCGCCGAACACAUCGUGAUCCAGUACAACGUGACCAACACGCUGCCCGAGAUUGUCCUCGAGAACGUCGCCGUCGUCGUGAGCGGUGCGGCCGAGGCCGGUCUCAGCGAGGACUUUAUCGUUACGGUGCCCGCCCUCUCCGCGCAAGAGCCGAGCGGCGUCGUGUACGUCUCCUUCACGAGGGACGGCGGCGCUACGGACUUCCCGCAGGCAACGCUGCAGAAUGCGCUGCGUUUUGUGUCCAAGGAAGUGGACCCGACCAGCGGCGAGCCGGAAGAGGAGGGCUACGACGACGAGUACCAGACCGAGGAGCUGGAGCUGGGCGUGGCGGAUUACAUCACGCCGACGUACGCAAACUUUGCGCACGAAUGGGAGGAGUUGGCCGAUGCCUCGACGGCCACCGAGACCUUUGCCCUCACCGCCCUCGACGGCCUCAAGAGCGCCUGCGACACGCUCGUCGAACUGCUGGGCUUGCAGCCGUUGGGUGGCACAGAGGUGCCGUCAUCGUCGUCGGUCCAUACCCUCAACCUCUCCGGAUCGGUGGCCCUCCCAGACAAGCCGGCAAAGACGCUGGCCCGCUGCCGCAUGACCUUCCAGGCCGGCCAGGGCGUCACAAUGGAGCUUUCGGUCCGCGCCGAGUCCGACAUCGCUGCCCAGCUCGUCAUGAGCGCCAUCGCUUAG